AUGAGUUUAAUUGGUGAUAUUCGUCUCUCACGAAACAAGUUUCUACCAAUAUUAUCAGAAGCAAAUGGAAAAUCAUCGAUUACAUCCUUUAUCAAUGUGCAAUUAUUUGAUGAACCGAAAAAAGAUCAAUUAGAUGACAACGAUAAUGAACAAUCAGAGAUAAACGGCAAUAAACUAUCAACAGACAAUAAUGAUACAUUUAGUUUUCAUGAUCAUCACAGUAAAUUGAACUCUUUGGACAAUGUCUCGCAUCAAUCAUUGGGAACAAAAUCACCAAUAGAUACAACACGAGAUAUCUUUACUCGACGACGUGCUCUAGAUCCAAUCGAACAACAUGAUCUCAAAACUUAUAUACAUCAUCGAAAAAAUAGUAUUGUCCAACAUGUUAUUGGUUAUAAUUAUGAUGACAAUUUUAUUGUUAGUGGUCUUUAUACUCGUGUAGGCAUUGGAAAAUUCGUCGAAGGUACCGUUCAAGCAUUGUUCAUUCUCAUUGCAUUGCGCAAACGUCAAAGACAAACGAAUAAAUAUGAAUAUCCAGCGCGUGAAAUGAUCAUUCUAUUAAUCAUGCUUGAUCUAAGUCUCUGGCUCGUAAAAACAACAACAACAACUAAACAUGAAGCAAAUCCAUUUCAAUUGGCUUUCUAUCAUGUUAUUCCAUGGUCGAUCAUUGCUGCAAUUGCUACACCACUUCAAAUCCUUUUUCGUUUUCAUGCAUCUGUCUGUCUUUCACAUGUAUGGGCAAAUAUGUACUACUUGCCGAUCUAUGAACCAGUAAUUCCUCGGGAUUUCUGA